GUCUCAGAGGAUCUGCCGGGUCUCCUGGGACAGCGGACGGGGAGACACGAGGCGGGAGGGUCCCUGCCUGGCUCCCCGGCGACACGGCACAGCCGGGGCGGCCGACUCAGCCCGGGUCGGCUGCGUGGAGUCUCCGGCCGGCCGGGUGUCCGCAGCGACCCCGCGAGCCGAGCGCCCCGCGAGCCGCCACCUGCGCGCCCGGGGACAGCGCGACACGUGCGGCUGGAACGCCGGAGCCACUCGCUCCGCGCAGCCGGGGACGGACCCGCGCGAGGGCGACCAGCGGAAGAAUACAGAGGCAUAUUCCCAAGCUGGCUGUUCAUGGCACUUGCUGUCAGUGGGUGCUCCUGGGCACUUGUUUUUAUAAUCAAGUGGCUGUUGAUUAAAGCAAAAAUCGACGUGUGCUCCAGAGGAGAUGUGACGGCAAAGCCUUCCGACAAGAUUUUACCUGGCUCAGCUGUCAACAUCUCCUGCUCUUUGAAGCCCAACCAAGGCUGUUCACACAGCUCCAGUUUUAACAGGUUGAUCCUCUACAAAUCUGACAGGAGAGUCGGUUCUGGUUCCCACCGGAGUCGCUCCCUGAGUUCUCAGUUCACAGACCUCCCCCUGGGCAAAACCGAGUUUAGCUGCAGACUGGCCUGCCCCAACGGUCGCGAGGUUCCUGUGUGCGGAGUGACGAUCUUCGUUGGAGUUGCUCCAGGACAGCCUCAAAACUUAUCGUGUGUACAGAAGGGGGAGCAGGGCACCGUGGCCUGCACUUGGGACAGAGGAGGGGACACCUACCUGCCCGUGGAGUACACUGUGCAGUUAAGUGGACCCAAAAAUUUAACUUUGAAGAAGCAAUGUAAAAAUUAUUAUUGUAGCCACUUGGACCUUAGAAUCAGCCUCAGCCCUGAAUCCCCUGAAUCCACCUUCACAGCCAAGGUUACUGCCAACAACAGUCUUGGAAGCUCUUCUUCCUUUCCAUCCACAUUCACAUUCUUCGACAUAGUGAGGCCUCUUCCUCCGUGGGACAUUUCAAUCAGAUUCCAGAAUGACUCUGCGAGCAGAUGCUCCCUGCAGUGGAGGGAUGAGGCCCUGGUGCUGCUCAGUCGCCUCAGAUACCGGUCUGGUGACAGUGGGCCCUGGACUAUGGUCAGUGUUACCAAUGCCAAAGGAAGACACGAUUUGCUGGGUCUGAAACCGUUCACAGAAUAUGAAUUCCAGAUCGCUGCCAAACUACAUCUUUAUAAAGGAAGUUGGAGUGAUUGGAGCGAACCCCUGAGAGCACAGACACCAGAAAAAGAGCCUACUGGGAUGUUAGAUGUCUGGUACAUGAGACAGCACGUUGACCACCAUAGACAACAGAUCUCUCUUUUCUGGAAGAAUCUGAGCAUCUCGGAAGCAAGAGGAAAAAUCCUCUACUAUCGGGUGACCUUGCAGGAGGUGCCAGGGUGGAGAGCCCCGUUGCAGAACAUCACAGGGCACACUUCAUGGAUCUGGGUCAUUCCUAGAACCGGGAACUGGGCUGUGACUGUGUCUGCAGCAAAUUCCAAAGGCAGUUCCCCACCCACUCGUAUCAACAUAGGAAACCUGUGUGGGGCGGAGUUGCUGGCUCCUGGCUGGGUCUCAGCGGACUCCCAGGGUGAGGACAGCGUGGUGGUCAGCUGGCAGCCCCCCAGGAGGACGCCCUCUGCCGUCAGCCAGUACGUGGUGGAGUGGAGGGAGUUCCAGCCUGGAGGGGACACACAGCCCCCUCUGAACUGGCUGCGGAGCCCCCCCUCCGGUGUGUCUGCUCUGAUCUCAGAGAACAUAAGACCCUAUGUCUGCUAUGAGAUCCGGGUGUUCACACUGUCAGGGGACCAAGGAGGAUGCAGCUCUAUCCUGGGCAGCUCCAAGGACAAGGCACCACAGAGUGGCCCCCACAUUAAUGCUGUCACAGAGGAAAAGGGGAGUGUUUUAAUUUCAUGGACCAGUAGUCCAGCCCAGGAGCAAACGGGCUGCAUCCUGAACUACAGGAUAUACUGGAAGGAGCAGGACCCCGGUUCCCAGCCGCAGUUCUAUGAAAUCCCCUAUAGAGUCUCCCAAAACUCACAUACGCUAAACAACCUGCAGCCCAGGGUGACAUACAUCCUGUGGAUGACGGCUCUGACGGCCGCUGGUGAAAGUUCCCCAGGAAAUGAGAGGGAGUUCUGUCUGCAAGGUGGAGCCAGCUGGAAGGUUUCUGUGGCCCUGAGUGUUUGCAUCGCCGUUGUCAUGGUGACUGCUUUCUCCAUGCGUUACUUCCGGCAAAAAGUGUUUCUUCUCCUUUUGGCCCUCAGACCUCAGUGGUGCAACAGAGAUGUUCCAGACCCCGCACACAGCAUGUGGGCCAAGCAGCAGCCCCUGGAGGAGGAGUGGACACAGCUACCCCCGGACAGGCUCCUGACAGCCCCUCCUGCUCCUGAGGAACCCGAGCCCCUGGUCAUCAGUGAAGUCCUUCGUCAAGGAACCCCAGCCUUUAGACAUCGCCUGUGCUGGCCAGAAAAGGGCCAAGGAGUACAGGGUCAGGCCCCUCCUGCCGAGGACGCCGUGCUCGGAAGCUCCAGUCCAAGGCCUCUGAGAGUUCUGCCCACCGAGAGAAGACAGCAAGGGGACCUGUAUCGGGCGCUGGGGGGAAGGGACCCGGACACCAAGCUGGGAAGCCCGGCCAGCCCCCCAGUGGUCCUCCCAGCUGACUAUCUCCCCACUCCCGAGGGCUACCUGCCCACUGGCACGGACGAGGCCCCCCACACCGGCCCGCAGGGAGAGGUGGAGCCCCAGCACAUCUUCCUGUCCGUAUUCCCCUCCAGCUCCUUUCAUCCGCUCACCUCCUCCUGCGGUGAGAAGCUAACUCUGGCUCAGUUAAAGAUGGGGUGCGAUUCCCUCAUGCUCUGAGUGGGGAGGCUUGACGCCUGUAAGGUCAGCAUGGUCCUGACCGGCACCAGCUGCCCCACAGACACAGCGGCUGCCCCUCUGGGUGCUCCUGUUGGCUCUGGCUGCAGCUGAAGUGGGCACCGAGAACCGGCCUCCCCAGAGCCUGAGAUUAUACCCUCCACUGUGUGGACCGGGAGACCCCAACCAGAGUUCCUGGCAGGUUGGAGUUUCCUGGCUAUGAUGGCCAGGAAGGGAAAAGGGGAGGAGAGUGGAACGUCACCCUCUUGCUAGUGAUGGAACACCUGUGCAGAGGGGCACUCGGGCAACAGCUGCCUGUAUAGCACCCACAGCAUGCCAGCAGUGAGCGCUGCCCAGCGCUGCCCAACAGAACCUGCUGAGAGGAUGGCCGUGGGGCCUCUGCACCGUCCCAAACAGUGGACACUUGCCUGCUAGUCACUUGAACGUGUCCAGCUUGACCGAGGAACUGGAUUUUGAUUGUAAUGAAACGCACAUGGCCACACACGGCUGGUGGCCAUUGUGUGGGGAAUGCCCUCCACACUGGUGAUCAUUACAGGGAGGCUUCCAGACCCAUCCACCUGGGUUAUGGGGGAGGACAUAAGGGCACUGGGGAGCACCAGUGGAAAGGCCCCGGCGGGCACGACUGUCUUUGUUUGUGGAGUUCUGAAAAUGUGCCUUCUUCCUAUCUCUGCUAGUUUAUUGUUUUAUUUUGCCUUCACCCUCUUUCAGUGGCCCCAGCAGCUCAAUGGUGUGGCCCCGCUGAAUGUCGCUCUCUUGUGAAGUGCUGGACCGAAGGCUCUGCGCCCUUGUGUCCUCUUCUCUCUG